GGGGGCUAUAUUGCAUGUUAAGACAUAGUAUAGGACAUCUUUUGUAACUUACUCAAAACACACCCAUUGUUGUCAGCUACCCUGAAUCGAAUCUGUUGAUCAAUUUCCGGUUAAAACUGAAGAACCAAGGGUUUGUUGUUUGAUCAGGAUUGAGAUGGCGAGUUCAGUAGAGGCUGCCGGAGAACCUGUUCCGACGUCGGCGGUGUUAAUGUCGGCGUCGAAGCACAUCGCCAUUAGAUGCAGAGGUGAAAAUGUUGCCUUUCUUAAGUGCAAGAAGGAUGACCCUAACCCUGAGAAAUGUCUUGAAAAAGGCAGACAAGUGACUCGUUGUGUAUUGUCAUUGUUGAAAGAUAUCCAUCAAAAGUGCACAAAAGAGAUGGAUGCUUAUGCAGGUUGCAUGUACUACAAUACUGAUGAAUUUGAAUUAUGUCGCAAAGAGCAGCAGCAGUUUGAGAAAGCUUGCCCAUUAAACUGAUGGGAAUAUUCAUGUAUGUCACUCCGCUCUCAAUAAUUCUGGCUCGUUGACCUGGCAUAAUGCUCAUUCGAGUCUGUCUUUUUAAGCAAAUUCGAGAGAUGCAAAUUUCAAUCAAUGUUUGUCAUGUAAGAUCUCUACAUUUUGAUGACAAGUUUUCAGUUAAGUUUAAUUUUCAUACUCUGAUUAUAGCUUUAAUUCGAAUAUGCUGUAAUCACCCUGAUUAUAACUAAUGUUUGUUUCAAGUUGGGUCAUCUAUCAGUA